CGGCACUGCACAACGAAUGGCAUAAAGACGAUGCAAAUGGUCUGGAACCAGUCGCCUGCGAAGCCUUGCAAGAAUCAUGGCCCUUGAGCCUGGCCCUGGCCGUCAGUCUGCGUCUCCUGCGAGCUCCGGGAGAGGAUCUCCUGUAUCGUCGAAGAGGAACCAAUUAGGUGGAGAUGACCAUCCAAUUAAGGAUAAAGCAUACCGAAGAUUCCAAUCGAACGUCGAAAAGGUUCUGUCUCUCUUCGACACGAAUCUUGAAGAAUGGGCGGACUACAUCUCGUUUUUGGGCCGGUUACUGAAGGCCUUACAAGCCCAUCCCCCUGCCACCGUUGCGGUCCCAUCGAAAGCAAUUGUCGCAAAACGCCUGGCCCAAUGCCUGAAUCCUUCCCUCCCCUCAGGGGUUCACCAAAAAGCCCUUGAGGUAUAUGGGUUCAUAUUCUCGAUGAUAGGUACGGAUGUCCUCUCUCGAGAUCUACCCCUCUACCUUCCAGGCCUCUCAACCACUCUGUCGUUUGCGUCGCUCUCUGUUCGGACACCGUUCCUUGAACUGGUAGAAACAUAUAUCCUGAAGCUCAACCCCCGAUCCCUCCGCCCAGCUCUAAAGGCUAUCAUACUUGCUCUCUUGCCUGGACUCGAAGAAGAGACAAGCGAGGAAUUUGAGCGGACACUCAAACUUAUGGACGCAUUUAAACAAGCUAUAAGACCUUCAGGCAAGGAGGACCUUGGGCAAAACCAUAGUAGCGGGGAUGAGUAUUUCUGGCAAUGUUUCUUCCUUGCGUCUAUAACAAGUAACAGCCGUCGACUUGGCGCCCUGUCGUAUCUGAUCCGGAAUCUCCCAAAACUUGGCCAGCCUCUUACGCAAGAGCCUUCCUCUUCCAAUGGAUCGCAUAAUGAUGCCACAGAGACGGCCUCUGACCGCUUGGCUGAAAUUGUAACCUCUCCAGAACCCGGUCUACUUCUUAGGUGUUUUGCUGCUGGGUUGGCCGAUGAAAACCUUUUGAUACAACGUGGAUUUCUAGAUCUUCUGGUAACCCAUUUGCCAUUGCAUGCACACGUUCUGCAGAAGCGAGUUAAGACCGAGGAUCUAGAGCUUCUUGUUGCAGCAGCCUCCGGGGUAGUCGCACGUAGAGAUAUGAGCCUUAACAGGCGUCUGUGGACAUGGCUCCUGGGGCCUGAACUGCCCGGGCAUGAGAGCGAAGGUGGUUCGGAGUCUCCGACUCACGUGGGUGGUGACCCUCUAGGAGGACAUCCAUCUUCAAGGACACGCUACUUCGAAGAAUUUGGUCUACAGCCAUUGACUCGGGCUCUCCUGAAAAUGAUUGAAAAAGAUUCCACCAAUCCGCUAGAGAAAGCACGGCCUUUUCGCAUCUGUCUAUCCUUAAUGGACCGGUGGGAAAUUGGUGGUCUUGUUGUGCCGGACAUAUUCCUCCCUGUCAUCAACAGCGUUCGCCAAUAUAAAGAUAAGGCUACUAGCAAAGCAGACUUCUCCGAAGUGCUUCGUAGUGCAAGCGUCUUCUUUGAUGGCGUUGAGAGCGGACUAAUAUGGGGUGAGAUCGUGGGAUUGAUUGUACAAGCGCUUGGGCCUGGAAAGUCUUCAACGGCAGAGAGAGUUGACAAACUUUCCCUGGUGAGCUUCAUAAUCACGCACUUCAAUAUACGGGAGGAGGAGAUGCUUUUGAUACACACGCCCUUAACGAUUUUAACUGUCUUAACCCUGCUGGGAGAUACCAAGGACAAGGCGCAAAAGCAAGGUGUCGACCGCGAUAUCUCUGAUGAGGUUUCAAGGUUAGCUUUGAGCAUUGCCACUGAUUUGAUCGAGUCAAUCCCAGAACGAGCUUUUCAGACGCGGCCCUCCACAAGUCAGUCUACAGCUACUCAUGGGGGAGACGCUAUACUUGACCUCCCGAAUCACCAAACUCUCCAAAGUAUACGGAUGUUUUAUGUUCAAGAUCAGGGAAACCUGGAUGCGUUUCCACCUCCAUUCUCGUCUCGCGAUGUGAGCGAGCUUCUUCUUCGCGAAGGUGGCGGCAUUGUUUGCCAGAGCCUGUCUGACCCAGUCUCAAGUGCUGAUGCUGGAAUCAAGAGCAAGCUGUUGGUAACGAUGCUUGGGAAGGUACCCAAAGUUUCAAGCCUUGAUGUCCAAAAGGUUCUAUUAUCUAUGCACAAAAGACUGAAGUCCUCCUCCCAGCUACCCUUUUCGACUUUCACGUCCAUCAACUCUCUCGCAACAAGUCUAUACUCUGCUUCCUACAUAACGGCGGGUGAUCUGUCAGAGCUGGUCGAUCCUCUAGUGCGUCUAGCAUGGACUUACCUGGCAGCCUCUCAACCAAAAUACCACGUUGAGACCGUUAGAUGCUUAUGGCAAUUGCAAACGGCCCUUUCACUUUCUAAUCAUGAUAUUGAAGCAUCUAUUUGCUCUCUCAUGAUUGAACACGAUCUCAAUGGAACGUUUGCGAUGCGUGACGCAGAUCCUGGCAGAAGUUUCAGCAUCCUAUGGACUCAUACACUCCAAGACAAUGCGAGCUAUAGUGACCGGAGAGCAUCAACGGCAACUAACAAUGAGGUUAAGGGCCAAGCACGACUUUCGGGAAUUGGCAAUUACGAAGUGAUGCUCUCCAGACCCCUAUUCCUGCUGCUAGAUGCACUUCUUGACGAACGCACUCAGCUUUCUAUGACCGUGAGGACCUGGCUGCAGGGUGUUGUAGGAAUAGAUAAACUCUUUCAUCUCUUCGUGGCAAAGUUUGCCGAGUUCGAAUUCCUGCAGAGAACACCGGUGUUGGAUAAUAAUGUUUACAUAUACCAAGAUGAAGAUGAUCUAGAUCAGUGUCUAUAUUAUCUGCGAACGUUAUCAAAUAUUCUUCGCUGGUCUUCGGAUAAUAUGUGGGCAGCUCUCGCGGAGAACACAAUCUCUACAGACAAAACUUAUCGGGCCUUAUACCUAACCACCGGCCGUGAUGGAGAAAUUAGCCUCCUGGAAUUCUUUAUACAUGUCUGCCUGAGAGCAAUCUCGGGGGGCUAUGAUCCAGACAAUUCUCAGUUAAAGCCACGCAUCAGCCAGUUCCAUCGAACUGCUUUAACUACUCUUCAUCAGAUUCUCUUGAACGAAUAUUCCUUGUCGCUCGCAGAGUUGAAUUUGGAACACGUGUUGAUUGAUAGACUGGUCCAGUCGCUGGAAGGACCCGAUCCAUACACUCAGGUUCUCCUGUUAGAUGUUGUGUUUGAUGCGCUUAAAAUCAGAAAUGCAUCUAGACCUACUCCUGUUCCCUCAUCUCCGGUGAGGGAACAGAAACGCCAAGUCGCACAAGAUGCGCCUCAGAGUGCAAGGCAUUCCAUGGCUCUGGAAGGUGGCGACCGCCUACCUCUCAGUUUCCCCCCUCCACCACCUUCUUUGGUCAAAUGCCUUCAGGCUGGAUUUACAGCUCCUAGCAGUCGGCCAGUCUUAGACAGCUGGGUUGGUUUUCUUACUGAGUGCCUGCCCUUCUACUCUGAGGGCAUUUUUCAAAUCCUCAUACCAUUGGUUGAGACGCUCUGUUCACAAAUAGGAGCGACUUUUGCACAUCUUCAGGCUACCUUCAAGAACAGCGAGUACAGGCCCGAAGGAUCCACAGCCCAAGAAACCACUCUAAUAUCUCUGCUAAAUGGUCUCGAACACGUCCUAGCAAGAGGGCAUGACCGUUUGCUACAAGAUGAAUUCAGAUUGUCGGUCGUAAAAAGCCCGGACCAACCGCAUGGUUUCUUUGGAAACAUGGUCUCUGGCGUUUUCACCUCUGAAACACCUCAGGCGCGAAGUACCACUGCCAAUAACCGCCUCACAGUGCUAUUAUCAUUCCAAGAUGCUGUUCGCAUAUGCUUUACUAUCUGGUCCUGGGGUGGACAUGAUGGGAGUCUUCAGGAUAUGGAGUCUGCAUCUUCGUUCAACUACACUUCUUUACGAAUGCGAAACCGUGCUCGCAGACUUCUCGAACAUCUUUUUGCAGCCGAAACCCUUGAGUGCUUAGAGACUGUGGUAGAUAUAUGGCAGAAGUCUUCAAAAAACCACAAUGGCUCCAAAUCACCAGCUGUUUUCCAUCUUCUUCACGUACUCGACGGCUCUCGACCCAAGCAUACUAUCCCUGCGAUCUUCAAUGCCAUUUAUAGUCGCACCAACCCUGCAGCCUUAGAUCCAUCCAGGAAGUCCACUCUGACGACCUCACUCAACGACACAGAAUUGGUAAUAUUCUUGGUUGAGUACGCACGUUCAUUGGAAGACGACGCAAUGGACGAGAUCUGGACAGAUUGCGUGACAUUCCUGAAGGACUUGUUAGCAAAUCCGUUCCCACAUCGACAGACUCUUCCUAGUUUAUUGGAAUUCGCGGCUAUUCUGGGCGAGAAAGUUGAUAACACGAAUUUUGGAGAGCAGCGCAGGAUGCGGAGGGAAUUGGGAGAUCUGUUCCUUCGACUACUUACUGCGAUCUUCACAACUAGACCCAUGGGAUUUUCAGAGAGCGCUUCUGAUAAUGAUGAUCACUCAGUCUCAAAACCGGACGACGUUGUUGGCAUACUAGCCACUAUUGCGCCAAAUCUCCCAAAGAUUCUGGUAGAACCUGACCGAGUCUUAAGUGCCGCGAACACUAUCUCAACGAGUGUUAUUGGACCGACCUUUAGAUCCAAGUCAUAUCCUGAAAAUGUCUCCAAAGGCACCCUUGUGCUCCUUUACCAGCUAUCCAGGCUACCUAAUACCCAAAAAUCAUGGAAGAAGGACUUAGGAGAGGCCUUCAAUGAUGCGAGAUUCUUCGCAAAUGCUGUUCCUCUGGUGGACAGUGACUGGCUUCCUCUAUUGAGACAAUGGACUCUGAGUGACAAAGAACGGAUGCCAGAAUUGCUCUCACGUCUGUUGGCCCCUACUACGGCAGGAAUCGUCUUUGGUGUUGGAGCCACCUCGGCCAGACUAGAAGCAGAUCGAAAGACGCAGCUUAAUCUUCGUCGUGUGGCUACUCUCAUCCUAGCAGCCCCAAAUGAUAACUUCGUUACGGACCUUCCCGCAAUGCAGGAGAAGAUUGUGGAUCUACUGUCGGCCACUAGCACCUCAUCUCCAUCAUCCACACCUCGAGCCGACAUAUACCUUCUUCUGCGCGCUCUAGCCCUCAAAACCUCCGCCGUUCACCUCGCCACUCUGUGGCCCAUCGUCAACGCCGAGUUGCAUGCGGCGAUCGCCUCCGUCGUCGCGCCUGACCACAGUCAACCUUCCGACACCUACAACAAUUCCGCGAUCCUCCAAGCCUGCAAACUGCUCGACACCUUAAUAUGUAUAGCUCCCGACGACUUCCAACUCCACGAAUGGCUGUUCGUCACAGACACCAUCGAUGCCGUAUACCGACCAGCCCACUACCAUCCCGUUGCGUUAGUCGACGAGCUCUCGGAAGAACUAGGAUCCGCAGCCCUAGCAUCCAACUUCCAAGCAGACUCAGCCGUGGCCCAAGCUUCCAACAGCUCGACUCGCAAACCUCUCUUGGGCCCGGGCGGCAUCAGCGAUGAGGGGACCUGGGAAAGGAAGGAUGAGUUGGUGGGGAAGGUACUCCGGCCUUUCUUCAGCCAGCUGAGCAUCUUCGCAUUCGAGAGCACCUACUCGAUGAGUGUUCCUGAUUGGGAGGCUUGUAGGAUGAGUCUUCUUAGGGAUUUGUUUGAUGAAAGGAGUAUUGUAAAGGCUUUGUAAAUUUUAAAAGAAUGAAUGAAUGGAUGUAUUGAUUUGACCAUUGGGUAUAUCUGAUGCUUGCUUGGAUUAUCUGUGAAUACCGCAGAGCUGUUUUGCUGUGUAUCGAAUUUACAUGUUAUAUGCCUAUUCCCACCAUACCUACACUAGAUAUGUACUACUUACCUUAAGAAACGGGGGUAUGGGGGUUCAGCAGUGGAAACUUCCGGUCAUAGUUCAUGAAAUAU